GAUGGGACAUGUUGAACAACAAUAACAACAACAAGAAUAAGAAUCGUGAUGAUGGUUAUGAUGAUCCUUCUAACUCUUUGUUGAUGUCAAGAGCCAGACCAUUCCUACCGGUAGAUACUACUCUUACUAAUGCUGCUACUCUUACUAAUGCUGCUACUCUUACUAAUGCUCUUACUCUUACUAAUGCUGCUGCUCUUACUGUUACUAAUGCUGCUGCUCUUUCUGUUACUAAUGCUGCUGCUCUUACUCUUACUAAUGCUGCUGCUCUUACUGUUACUAAUGCUGCUGCUCUUACUGUUACUAAUGCUGCUGCUCUUACUGUUACUAAUGCUGCUGCUCUUACUGUUACUAAUGCUGCUGCUCUUACUGUUACUAAUGCUGCUGGUCUUACUGUUACUAAUGCUGCUGCUACUGUUACUAAUGCUGCUUCUCUUACUGUUACUAAUGCUGCUGCUCUUACUGUUACUAAUGCUGCUGCUUUCACUGUUACUAAUGCUGCUGCUACUGUUACUAAUGCUGCUGCUUUCACUGUUACUAAUGCUGCUGCUCUUACUGUUACUAAUGCUGCUGCUCUUACUGUUACUAAUGCUGCUGCUCUUACUGUUACUAAUGCUGCUGCUCUUACUGUCACUAAUGCUGCUGCUUUCACUGUUACUAAUGCUGCUGCUCUUACUGUUACUAAUGCUGCUGCUCUUACUGUUACUAAUGCUGCUGCUCUUACUGUUACUAAUGCUGCUGCUCUUACUGUUACUAAUGCUGCUGCUCUUACUGUUACUAAUGCUGCCUCUCUUACUGUUACUAAUGCUGCUGCUACUGUUACUAAUGCUGCUUCUCUUACUGUUACUAAUGCUGCUGCUCUUACUGUUACUAAUGCUGCUGCUCUUACUGUUACUAAUGCUGCUGCUCUUACUGUUACUAAUGCUGCUGGUCUUACUGUUACUAAUGCUGCUGCUACUGUUACUAAUGCUGCUUCUCUUACUGUUACUAAUGCUGCUGCUCUUACUGUUACUAAUGCUGCUGCUCUUACUGUUACUAAUGCUGCUUCUCUUACUGUUACUAAUGCUGCUGCUCUUACUGUUACUAAUGCUGCUGCUCUUACUGUUACUAAUGCUGCUGGUCUUACUGUUACUAAUGCUGCUGCUACUGUUACUAAUGCUGCUGCUUUCACUGUUACUAAUGCUGCUGCUCUUACUGUUACUAAUGCUGCUGCUCUUACUGUUACUAAUGCUGCUGCUCUUACUGUUACUAAUGCUGCUGCUCUUACUGUUACUAAUGCUGCUGCUUUCACUGUUACUAAUGCUGCUGCUCUUACUGUUACUAAUGCUGCUGCUCUUACUGUUACUAAUGUUGCUGCUCUUACUGUUACUAAUGCUGCUGCUCUUACUGUUACUAAUGCUGCUGCUUUCACUGUUACUAAUGCUGCCUCUCUUACUGUUACUAAUGCUGCUGCUACUGUUACUAAUGCUGCUGCUCUUACUGUUACUAAUGCUGCUGCUCUUACUGUUACUAAUGCUGCUGCUACUGUUACUAAUGCUGCUGCUCUUACUGUUACUAAUGCUGCUGCUACUGUUACUAAUGCUGCUGGUCUUACUGUUACUAAUGCUGCUGCUACUGUUACUAAUGCUGCUUCUCUUACUGUUACUAAUGCUGCUGCUCUUACUGUUACUAAUGCUGCUGCUCUUACUGUUACUAAUGCUGCUGCUCUUACUGUUACUAAUGCUGCUGCUCUUACUGUUACUAAUGCUGCUUCUCUUACUGUUACUAAUGCUGCUGCUACUGUUACUAAUGCUGCUGCUCUUACUGUUACUAAUGCUGCUGGUCUUACUGUUACUAAUGCUGCUGCUACUGUUACUAAUGCUGCUGCUUUCACUGUUACUAAUGCUGCUGCUCUUACUGUUACUAAUGCUGCUGCUCUUACUGUUACUAAUGCUGCUGCUCUUACUGUUACUAAUGCUGCUGCUUUCACUGUUACUAAUGCUGCUGCUCUUACUGUUACUAAUGCUGCUGCUCUUACUGUUACUAAUGCUGCUGCUCUUACUGUUACUAAUGCUGCUGCUCUUACUGUUACUAAUGCUGCUGCUUUCACUGUUACUAAUGCUGCCUCUCUUACUGUUACUAAUGCUGCUGCUACUGUUACUAAUGCUGCUGCUCUUACUGUUACUAAUGCUGCUGCUCUUACUGUUACUAAUGCUGCUGCUACUGUUACUAAUGCUGCUGCUCUUACUGUUACUAAUGCUGCUGCUACUGUUACUAAUGCUGCUGCUACUGUUACUAAUGCUGCUUCUCUUACUGUUCCUAAUGCUGCUGCUCUUACUGUUAUUGCUGCUGCUGCUUUCACUGUUACUAAUGCUGCUUCUCUUACUGUUACUAAUGCUGCUGCUACUGUUACUAAUGCUGCUGCUUUUACUGUUCCUAAUGCUGCUGCUGCUACUGUUACUAAUGCUGCUGCUACUGUUACUAAUGCUGCUUCUCUUACUGUUCCUAAUGCUGCUGCUCUUACUGUUAUUAAUGCUGCUGCUUUCACUGUUACUAAUGCUGCUUCUCUUACUGUUACUAAUGCUGCUGCUACU